AAAUCCAAUAAAAAACUGUGUGAAUAAUUUGUCUUGACAAAAACUCCACUCGCGUCGGUCGAAAAAAAAAAUUUAUUACCAAAUCCAACCAAAGCCAAUCCAGCGCAGCUAUGCCACGCGGAUCCACUGCCAGAAGAGGACGACGACGACGAGGACCACACGGCGUCACAGCCAGGGAUCGCCCCAAAUCAGCCAUUUCCACUGCCAGCUCCGACAGCGCCGACAGCGCAGCCACCGGCACCGUGGCAAACGCAGCGAUACUGAGACGCCAAUCCACCGACUCCGCCACCUGGUUGGAGGCACUUCCUCCAAUUCCUGGACCGGCUCCAGCCACCAUUACCGGGUAUGUGAGGACCACAUACCAUGCCGACACCACCAUCACGGCCACUCCGGCCACAAGCCCCAUCCCCGACCCCGACCUGCCCUGCCCCAACAGCUGGGCGGCCAUUCCCAAUCUCACCAGCCAGGAGCAGUUCCAGAUCGGCGACUGGGUGGAGGCGGUCCAUACCCAGGAACGCCAGCAGCAGCAGCAGCAGCAGCAGACCAUCAGCAGCAGCAGCGGUAGUCGCCGGCUUGAGGCAUUGGCGGCGUCGGCAGCGGCGUCAGCCAAAGCACCGCAAUGUCAAGCCAAGCCAAGCCAAGCGGUACCAAGCGCGCCAAUAAUUCCGCUUCCCACACUCCAACACACACAGACACGUAUCGAUGCACCGUAUGCCGAUGCAUGGUGUGGAGAGAGCCGGAAACAGCAAGGAGCGAGAGAAGGCGCAAAGAGAGCGGGUAACGACCUCGUACCAGCGACAGUACGAGAGGGAACUCGAGCAGCCUCUGCACGAACAGCAGCCAACAAAAGAUUCGUGUUCGAGUGCCCGUUCGGGAGAGAGUUCGAACUCGAACCGCAGCCAUGGCACAAACCCCGCUCGAUCGGCCACAGCAGCGGUUCCAAAUGCAAUGCACACAGCCAAUACCACAACCACAACCACAAAUACAAUGAUGACAUACAUCAGCACACAAACAGCGACAUCAAACACAAAAACGACAACUACAAUUACGUCGGCAGCCAGACGACGAUGCCUGUUAACAGCAAUGUUAACAGCGGCCCGUUCGCCACUGAAGCGCGUCCGCGCCGUGGUUGA